AUGGCUCGACCACCUCACACGAGACCCUUCAACUUCGAAAACUCGGAGGAUAAAACACCAACAGGGCCUACAAGCUAUCAACAUGCGCAACCCAGCAGCGGUGGCAUGAGUACUCAAUUGCCAGUUUUGACUUCCCAGCCUCCUGGAAAAGACAACACAACUCGACAUAUCCCGUUUCCUCGACAAGAACCACUGCCAGGACAGCAGAUAGAGGAGAGGAUCAGCAAUGAUGCUGUCUCUGCACACAACCGGCCUCAUGGAUACGAAUUGCAAGACACUGAAGAACCGAAGAAACGGACGGUUGACACUCACCCUCGGCCAAAGAAACGCCCCUAUGCAGAUGUGUCUCCACCGUCCGCCCACAGAGCUUUACAGGUUCCAGUGCCCGUUCCACCGCCAUCUAUCAGUACACAGCGUUCGAAGACCAGUCAACAUUUUAACCCAGCCUCGGGACUGGAUGAUUCCCACUUGCAUAUUGAUCCUCGAGCCUCCACAGCUAAUGUGUUAAGACAGCCACAGCAGCAGGCAUCUCCUUCCGUAGCCGUUAACGGAGAACACAUUGGUGGUGAUGGCAACCAGUUUCUAAUAUCUCACGAGAAAGGGGUUGCCAUUGAUGGGGAGUAUCAGUCCGAAGGGAGGGGUGGCCAGUCAAAAAAUCAGUCUUCACCCACAAGUACGACUAUGUCGCACAAAGGCGGACAGUCACACACUGACAGGCCUCACCACCAAGGUAUUCACACGGACGACUAUACUCUUCCCGGCAACACUGAGACCGAGGAUAUCGUCAACAUGGAGUCUACCAGUAGAGCGGCACAUACGAGAUCUUUCGAUCGCCCUGACACUCGGCAGCCAAAGAGCACCAGUCCAUUCUCCUCCGAGUCUAUUCAUCAUGGAUACCCGUCGCACAGUAGCCGCCUAGAUUCCCGCAAAUCUCAUGAACUUCACAAAACGAACACUGCUGGCUCAGGUAAACCGCCCAGCAGAGGAGCCGAAAAGGUCCAUUCUUCUUCUUCAAGGACUCAACGUGUCUCUCCAAUCCGUCGACGUGCAGCUACACCGGCCGCCCGGUUACAAAGACACCACACCACGGGGGAGCCUAGAGCUGUGCACAAACAGAGUCCUCGGCCACCGUUGGAAGGCUCAAAUGUGUCCAGGAGAAGGGCGGCUGUCUCUACAACUGCAAGAUCGGAGAUAAUCGAUAUCACCAGUACACCCGGCAGCGAGAUAAUCAGAUUGAGCCCGACCACCAACAACAAGAGUAUCGAGAUUAGUCAGGAAUUCACCAAGGACCUGGCUGGUGUUCUUAACCGAUUCACUACUCAGCACAACUCCACCCGGCAAGAGCUGAAGGAAAAAUACCACAAUUACAUCAAGCAGCUCAAGAAGAAAAUCAAGGACCGCGAACAUGAGGCCAAGGGAUAUCUUGCUCAGAUUGAGGAGCAAGCCAGCGACAUUCGAGAGCUUGAUCACUCCAAUGGGAAAAUGGCCAACAAGAUCGACGAGCUCGAACAUUCCAAAGGAGAAAUGACCAGGAAGAUCACCGAGAUGGAGGCAGUGCUUGAAGCCACCAUAGAGCGAGGGUCAAAGGCGGAAGACAAGUAUCGCAAAGUCAAAGACCACCUCAAUGCAGCAAUCGAGGAACAACAAAAGCUAUAUCUCAUGUCCAAAUCGCAGUGGGAGAAGACCAUCAAGGAGGUCCGGGAGACCGAACGCAGACAUGGUGCUGCGUUGGAAGAGACAUUACAAAAGGCAGAGGUGAUAAGACACCAGAUGCUUGAAAAGGUUCGCCAGACAGUCGGUCAGUGUAGACAGGACACCGCGGAAUUGUACGGCCAAAUCGACAACCUCACACGCCAGAUAGAACAAAAAGAUGCCGAACUGAACCACAAAAAGGAAGCUGUAAGAAUGCUAUCACAGCAGCUUGAAACUCUCAAGAUUACCAACGGGGGCUUCGAAGCACUGGAGUCUCAGCAAAAGGACAUUCUAGGCAAGAUGGAGGAACAAAACGCGCAGGCAAUCCAGACACAAGCAAGGAACGAGGAUGCAUUUGGAACCAGAUUGGACCAGAUUGCCGAACAAGUUGGGUCUGUUUCCAAAGCAGUGUCAGAGCAACCUCAAGCGCUACUUGCCGGCUGCGUUGCCGAAAAGGAAGAGACACUCAAGACUUGUCAGGUGGAGCUGAAAGAUUUGCAGAAACGGUUUGAGAACCAGCAAGUCCAGUUCAGUCAACUUCAGGCGCAUGCCGUGGAGCUGGAAGUAUCCCACGAGGACAACCAACCGCUCAACCAACAACUCCAACUCGCCCAAGCAGAAAUCGAGCGGCUGGAGGCAGAAGUUCGCUCUCGAACAGCAGCUAUUUCACAACUUGAGAAAACAAUCCAAUCAAAAGAAGAGGCUUACGUCUCCGAGGUCAAGCAGUUCGGGUCUCAAGUCCAGCAACUCAACCAGCUGAUCCUGGACAAAGAGGCGGCCAUCGAGUCGGCAAGCAGCAAAUCGGUUGAUCUCGUCCGGCGGGAGCUUCUUGCAGAAAAGGAAAGGGAGACUGCUGAACUCAACAAGAAGAUAUCCCAGUUACGCAGCGAACGGGACACCUUGCACCAAGCGGCGACGCAGCUUCGACAAGAGAGGGCCAGAAGAGAAGAAGCCGAAAGCCAACAGGCUCGCAUGAUCGAGUCUCUGAAGGCCAACCUGGCUAUAGCCGAGAACAAAUCCUCAUCCCUUGCUGAAGAAUUGAAGACAAGAUCGGAUGAUCUCGCUGAAUCUCGCCAUCAGAGAUCUACUCGGAUCAGUGCUUUAGGGGCAGACCUCGCUGUUUGGCAAAAGAAGGCAGCCGAGCUUGAAGCGAACUACACUGGGCUGCAAGAGACUGAGAGACAGCAUACUAGUGCGAUUGAGUCUUUGAAAGUUACUCUUGCUUCUGCGGAGAGCAAAUGCUCAUCACUUUCUGAGGAGUUAAAAGCGAAGUCACUCGAACUCGAAAAGUCAAAUCAACGGAGGUCUUCUCGCAUCACCGACCUGGAGAAAGAGCUUGCCAGUUGGCAGGAAAAAGCGGCCCAGCUUCAAGCAACAUAUUCCAAGGUGCAAAAGAUCGACGAAGAACGAAAGGGAAAAUUGCGGGAGUGCUUGACCGCCAUAGAGCAACUGGCAGUGAAGGAAGGGAUUGUUGAUCCAGAUGCUGACACUGUGAAGUUGUUCGAUGACCGCAUAACCUUGGAUGAGGUAUGGCCAAAGAUCUCCAACGUCGUCGAACAAUUGAUGAAGGUGGCAUCAACGAAAUACCAGACAAUUCUCGACAAGCAACGCCAACAACUCGAAGCGUACGAAGAAAUCACCAGCCAGGCAGGAUUGUCAACAAAUGAAGACUCUCAGGCAUCACUUGUCAAUGCAUGCGAUAAUCUGUCAACAAAUGAAGACUCUCAAGCAUCGCUAAUCAAUGCAUGCAAUAAUCUCGGAAUGAACCCACCGCAAGAAACCCAAGGGGGCAACCCAGACGGCAUCGCCGACAUGGGAUCAACUCCGCCCGACAUGGAGGAGACAUCACCUCCGUUUCUGCAACAUCGUGUGGUCAUGGGUCUUCAGGAUCAAGGGCGGCGUGUUGCUGUUCGGCGACCAACAUCGACGGAGGGUAUACGCAAGGUUCCUUUGCCUCCGCCGCCUUCCGUUGCUCAGGAGAAGUCGAGGAGGAGGGAAGCUGUACCUCCCAAAUCAAUCAUGAAGAGAGUGACCCGGAGUGUAUCUCGGGAACAAUUGAUCGAGAACUCUUCGGGGAGUGGUGCAUUUGGGAGGAUCGGGCCCCUUGACACCUUCACAGCAACUCCUCCUGACAGUACGGGUGUUUCGUUGGAGCAAAAUCACAUGUCUCAUGAGGUUACCUCCAGCCACUUUUCAAGUGUCUCCACUUCAGGAAGACCCAACAAGCGGAAACGGUCUGAUGACAUCGUGGACUCUCCCGUAAUUGCUCGGCGAGGCAGAUACUCGAAAGGGGCGGGCGGAAAGAGUACGACCAAAACUGUAGCUUCUACCCCAACUUCAGCAUCGGGUCCUAAUACCUCAGACGAAGGCGGGCCUCGCGGGAUAGGACUGCCACAACGGAUUUAUCGAAGUCGUCACGCCGUGGAUAGGUUGAGCGAGGGUUUCGACUCCUCUGUAAAUGGAUCGACGUCCAUUAACUCCAAGCCUUCAUCUAGCCUCCCGGCUGAGGUUGUGAACGGUGCCAACAGGUUCUUACCACCCAGAUCAGCACCGACUCGGACUUACGGCAGCCGGAAGUCCGUUGGUCCUGCGGAAGGCAACGGCUCGGCCAGUCAAACAAACCACGAGUCCCAGACACGGUCUCAAUCCCAGCUACUUUCGCGAUACUCGGGCGCCAAUGAUGAGACUCAGGACUCCAUGACCCUUUCACAAAUUGUAAGCAAAGAAGGCGGAGAUGACUUGCUACUUCCUCCGCCUGACAACAAAUCCUGA